UACUUCAAUAAAAUAGAUUAAAAAAAAAGAAAACAAACACGGUUACCAAGGGGGGGUAUAAAUUAGGGGUUUGGGACUAGCAUAUACAAACUACUCUAUAUAAAAUAGAUAAACAACAAGGUCCUACUGUAUAGCACAGGGAACUAUAUUCAGUAUUUGUAAUAAACCAUAAUGGAAAAGGAUACGAAAAAGAAUAUAUAUAUAAAAGAAUAUAUAUAUAUAUCUGAAUCACUUUGCUGUACACCAGAAACUAACACAGCAUUGUAAAUCAACUGUACUUCAAUUUAAAAAAAAGUUCUGAUUUUAAUCACUUCUACAUAGUGUCCCUGUUGAAAACUGAUUCUGACAGGCUCCAGUGAGUCCCUGUCCUGCCGUGAGGAUGUCCUUUCUGCUUCAGAACCCUGUGCAGGCAGCAGGGUGGCCCUGAGGACACAGACUCCUAAGGCUUAUUGGAUUUAUACUCACACAGUCAGCCACUGUUCCACAAACACGACCACUUUGCCAAGGUGCCCGGGUAUAAUUGGGUUUCCAAACACAGCUGCACACUGUAUCUAGAACACGCUGUUCCCCUACAAACCUCUAGGCUCUGGUGUUGAGCCUAAGCUCCUGUCUCAGACUCCCUCUUUUUUCCUGGGGGAAGUUUAAUGUUUCUUCGCUACCAGGGACCCUCCAUCAGGGCUAUCUCAGCCCUUAGAAAGCUGAAUCUCAGAAGGGAAGGGGACAGAGUGUCGAUCCCUCUCCUCCUGGAGGAUCCUUGGGCCAAAAGCCAAAAUGAAAUUUAUAGUACUUGCUGUCACCGUUGGACUAACUUUGCUGCUAGGAGUCCAAGCCAUGCCUGCAAAUCGCCUCUCUUGCUACAGAAAGAUACUGAAAGAUCGCAACUGUCACAAUCUUCCAGAAGGAGUAGCUGACCUGACAAAGAUUGAUGUAAACGUCCAGGAUCACUUCUGGGAUGGGAAGGGAUGUGAGAUGAUCUGUUACUGCAACUUCAGUGAAUUGCUCUGCUGCCCAAAAGAUGUCUUCUUUGGACCAAAGAUCUCUUUCGUGAUUCCUUGCAACAAUCACUGAGAAUCAUCCUGUAUUCCAGACAACACCAUUCUUAAUUCCCCACAAACCACACUAUAACAGUGUAGCUGUAUUUCUGGUUUCUAUGAAGUGCAAUAAAGCACAGAUUCUAUAAAUUCUUACUUGCCUAAGUAAACUUGUGUUAAAUUAGCAGUAAUAAAAAUUCCAUUUAAUUUUUCUCUGUGGAAAUUGUUUAAAAUUUUUGACUAGAAAAUUUUCAUCUACAAGGUGUUCACUGUGCUCAGUAAAAGAAUUCUGUCCCUCAGAGGAAGAGCCAUAACCCUGGCUCAAAGAUGGAGAAUACUUUCAGUUCUUGAUAGUUCUGUUCUUGACAGAUCAUGUAUACUUAAUGAAAAGAACCAGAGAUAAAUUGAGGUUCUUGGAAGGGAAACUAGAAGUUUUCUAGUAAGAAGGGGGAAAAGGGAGCCAAUAUUUGAGUAUAUAUUAUGUAUGCC